AAGGGACACAAGAGAGAAAUGGAAAAAUCGCGGCGGACAUUUUGAAGGCAAAAGUAAGUUUGAAGGAAAUUUUAAUACGCUCGAAGUCAGGUCAAUGUGCAUCGAAACUGGACUAACUAAUUGAAAAUCGAUGCCGGAAAGUGCGUGGAUCAUGCGGUGCAUGUUAGUUCGUUCGAAAGUGCAGUAUUUAGGAUGAAAAGUUGAAUGCAAAAAAUCUCCAGAGGGUGCCCGUCGCGGAUUUCAGUCGACGACGCAGAGGAUUUUUCUCAUCUCUUCUCCACUCGCGCCCUGCGCUGUUGUAUGUGUAUUGUGUGUAAAAAGGCAUUCUUCGGUCCAACUCAAUCAAUCAACUCGUGAAGAAGGAAAAGACUUUUUGAGGACGGCGAAACGUGAAAAAGUCUAUCGAGUGACUCAACUGUGCGACGGAAAGGCCGUGGAGUAAACUGGGAUACGAUGCCGAUGGCUUGCAGCAUCUGAACGACGAAUUUUCUGUUGCCCAGAACAGACAUUACCCGAGAAUAAGAUAAACUGUCGGUAGACUUUGGGUUACUCAUAUGAAGCGUUCAACUGUUGUCAGAACAGUUUCCCAAACAGCUUGGACGAAUGAACCAUCAGAGGCGACAACGUGUCACCUAAGCCAAUCAGUUAGCGACAGCAUUAUCGUGAGUUUGUUUCAAUUUUAAACCCAUUUUUGUCCAAGAUGGAUCCAACAGGGCCCUGGUCGUACACCUAUAAUCGACAACCGGGCGCAGCUAGUGGUGAGUUCCAUCACCACCUUGCGACGGCGGCUGCAGCCGGUAGUAUAGGACUGGCUGCCCAUAAUACAACCGUUGGUGUGCCAUCGACUACAUCUCAACUGCUCCUGCAGGCAGCUCAUACUACAUCUCUCGGAGCCUCAUCAGGACCAUUCAACCCAACUGGAUUCCUGUCGCCACCGGGAGUCAGUUACGAUGCAGUGUUCACCCCACUGUUCCACCCGGCAGCCAAUCCAAAGCCUGCUCACUAUAGCUCGACUAUCAACCAGCAUCGAGUGUUGGCCCAAGCACAAGCCCAGGCAGCAGUGAAGCAAGUAAACGAACCGGAAACUCUCCGGGAUAACUAUACUACGCAACAAACCUUGGCUGCUGCGGCUCAAGUGGCCAACUUUUAUGAGCAACAGCAACAACAGCAGCAGCAGCAACAACAGCAAACAUCUAAUACCAGUGCAGCAAGUAGCGGUUCGACAUCUACAAGUGGCUCCUGGCAGGGCAAUCCAAGUCCUUUUGGAAUCAUGCCCCACGAGAAUGUCGUCCAAUCGAGUCCCGUAACAUCAGCAUCGACUAAAACCACUACUUCUACGUACGAGAACUUCAACGCACAUUUCACCAAUUUGAACCAACUCAACACCCAGCUGACAAGCAAAUCAUCCGCGCGGUCUGCAUCACCAGCCGUCAACAGUGGCAACAGUAGUUCAGGUGCAGCCAAAACGGGUACUAACUACUUUGCAUCGUCCAACACCAGCAGCAACCAGCAGCAGCAGUACGGUGGAGUGAACGAAUCUCUAUCAAAUUAUUCCACCCAACAGCAGCAGGGCAGUAAGCAGCAGAUGGACUACGGCGGUACUAGUAAGUCAUUGUCGUCCAACUCCGGUUCAGGCAGUAGUUCGUCUUCGCUUCAGCAGGCCACUUCAUCCUCUUGUAUUGUUAUAACCCCCGUUUCCGGUUCCAUCAAUUCCCAAUCUUCCCUAGCAUCUCCUCCGGCGAAAGAUCAAAAGUAUCAAUCCCGUAUCAUACCAUCCCAAACACCCCUCGUAAAUUCCUCCAUCGUCUAUGCGGCUCGUAAUCAUAAUGUACCGGUCACUAGUUUGACUGAUCCCAAAACCCGGGUAUUAUCGGCAGGUUUGCAGACGCAGCAACAACAGCAACAUCAGAUCCAACAGCAGCAACUUCAGCACAAUGCACACUAUCUGCUGCAGAUGAACAGUUUCAUAGUACCUCCAUCGGCUGCAUCGCCUCCGACGGCACUCAAUAGUAACAAAACUGUACAAAAGCCCUCUAUCCAAUCAAAAGCCAUCGGCGGUGGUGGAGGAGGAGGAGGAGGUGGCCAAUCAGCCACGAUAAAAACCGAUGGCCAACAUACUGUAAUUAGUCAUCAGCCCCAGUCCUCACCAAUUAGCUACUCAAUCACCGACAGCAACGGACGAGCGAGUUCUUCCUCUUCUGCGGCAUCUGCGUCGGUGGCGACAUCUGCUAAAAUAAAUAGUCCCAUUAAUCGUGUCAAUAACAGUAGUAAUAAUAGUAAUAUUUCUAGGAAUAACAGUAACAGUAGUAGUAAUCAGCAGCAGCAAUAUCAACAAAACAGUGCCUCUAAUAGUUAUAGAACUAAUUAUAGUCAGUUGAGCGUAUCUGGUAGUAGCACUGAUUCGGUUGAUUAUAAUCGCAUCAACAAGCGUGAGUCACAUCAGCUGCAGCAACAACAACAACCACAACAGCAACAGUAUUCAAACACUUCACUGUCUCGUCAUAACAUGCCUCCAUCGCCAGCGGCAUCCGAUUAUAGCUCCAGCUCUGGGUCACUAACGAGGCGUCCGUCUUCGCCUAAUCUCACCCAUUCGCAAGCUUCUCCCAUUGGCCAUGUGCCCAGUCCAGCGUACCCAAUGUACAACAGUCCAAUGGGCAAUACGUUGUCAUCUCCGAAACACCACAGCCAGCAUUCGACGAAUCUUCAGACAAGUGCGACACGGUCUCCUUCGUCCAAUAUUCCUCGACAGUCGCAACCUCAGCCACAAUCGCAACAGCAACAACAACCCCAACAGCAAGUGGCUUACUCGUCUGUAAUCACACGUACUCAACAACCUCAACAACAGACGCUUCCUCAGCAGCAACAUCAACAACAACCACAAGUACCCCCGAUUCAGGUACCCACAUUAAGCCAUUGGAACAAUAGAAACACGAACGAACGGUUACAACCGGAACGAAGUGAUCCAAUGACAAUAGUGAAAAAUCUUCAACAACCGAGUAUCAUUUCUCCAAUACCUGAAAGACAAGUUGCACCUCCAGCAACUCCUGAAAAGACUGAAUCCAAAUCGAGACGGAAAAAGUCCGACACUCCCACGAGAAUUAUACCAAUGGCAAGCGUUGCAAAUGGCGAAUUCAAUGUAAAUACUACAAUAACUUCUUCGAAUGCUGGCAAUUCGGCGGGUUUGAGUAACAGUCAGACAACAAGUACAAGUGGUGCUGGUAGUGAAACAAACGCGAAAGACAACAGUAACACGCUAGAUUUUGACCGGUGGAACUUGGCGCCUCCUCCGGCGGGGACAACAAAAAUGUUCCCAAACAGUAAUUUUAUACCUCAAACACCCUCCACCUCCUUUAUUCCUCCUCCCCAUCCAAUCUACUAUCCGACUUUCCAUGGUCCGAUUCCUCUAAUACCAAAUGAGAUUAUCAGCAAUACUCUCGCAGCAGCUGUCGGCAGUAAUCUCGACACGCCAACGUAUACCACAUUGCUUAGCGCGUCGGACAACACUGGUCUGGCACCAUCUAACAAUAGUAGUAGUACUAGUCGCGGAGGCGAAGACGAACGGCCUUCUCCUAAUGUUGACAACAGCAAUAAGGUUGUAGUCCCAAAUAUAGAGGAAGAACUUGGAUUUCUUGCAGAAAAUUCGAGAUCAAAUUCGCAGCAGCAGCAACAACAACCAGCGCAACAGCCCAAUCAACAGCAGCAGGGUGCUUCCACUGAUGGUGCCGCGGCUAAUAAUGGAGUUGCACCUGCACCUGCCAAGAAGUUCAACGUUCCACCGAAAGAAUCCAAGGGCUUCAUGGGAAGCUAUCUGAAGUUUUUGCAGGGCGAACGGGAUACAUCUCCACCGCCGGCCAAUAGAAGUAAUCGCAAGACCACGUGGACUCGGCCUACCCCUACAACUCCGGCGAACAAGAAUACCGCUGCUAACAAUGCUGCCAAUAAACAAACGGCUGCUAAUCAACAGCAGCAGCAACAGCAGCCGCAGCAACAACAAACCCCGCAGCAGACGACACAAGCCCAACAGUUGGCACAGAAUGUUAGUAAUGGUAUGCUACACGCAGAACAAUACAUGUCUAAUUUCCAUAUUCCAAAUCUCCAGCAAAAACAGCCGCAAAACGUGCAACAGCCGCAACCGCAACAGCAGCAGUUACAACAACAGCCCGAUCCUCGAUACGCACCCUACACGGCCCCAAAGGAUAACAGGAAGCGCAAAUACGACGCGGCAGAAGCUGCCGAUCCCUUGACUGUUCCCCAGCGUCGCCAGACCUCGAAUCGAAAGGCCAAAUCCAAGGCCAGCAACAUACAGCAAAUGAUUGAGCGCGGCCAAGGUACCGGUGGACUAGAGCAAAUGGAGGACGACUUUGCUGGCGACUCGGACUCGGAUCCAGCCUGGACGCCUCAAGAAAAAGAGGAUGAUGACGAUGAACAAGAUAUGAUGGGCCGCAAGAAAGGGAAGAAACCUAAAGCUAAUCUGGGAAAACAACGACCUCGCUCUAAUAUCCUGUCAGUGGCGGCGGCUGGCGCUGGAAUUGUAGACUUCGACUGUGGAAGCGAUAACGACAAUGUCCUCGCUGCCAGGACUGGUGCAGCUGCAGUUGCUCAGCAAGCGAUAGCCACCCUUCAACAACAGACGCUCCAACAGCAGCAACAGCAACUCCAGCAACAAAUCCAACAGCAACAACAGCAGCUUCUUCAGCAGCAGCAACAGCAACAGCAGCAGCAACAACAACAGCAGCAACAGCAACAAUUAUACCAGCAAUCAACAACCAAUCAGAUUAUGCAGAAUCAAUACAUUCAACAACAGCAGCAGCAACAGCAACAGCAGCAGCAACAACAGCAAAUCCAGCAAUACAAUACCGGAGCUUUGGUUCAGCAACAGCAGCAGCAGCAGCAGCAGCAGCAACAGCAGCAGCAACAGCAGCAGCCACAGCAGCAGUCCGUUGCCAACAGUGAUGAUUUUCAGACUGGUGAUUUCGUGGUGAUCCGAUCGGAACUUGUUCAGGAUUAUCCUUCGAUUUGGCGGGUAGACGGUAAGACGCUGCUGCAGAAGUACGAACCGUUCGAUCAGAAUGGAAAAACGUUGCAUCGGAAUGUAUCGACGUACGCUGCAUGGAAUGCUGAGAGCAAGAAGCUCUAUGUGAAAAUUCCUGUUCGUUUCCGAGUGCACAACCACAUGGAGUCUGUGGUCGAGUUCAUGCGUAACGAAAUGUCCAUCGACGAUACGGAGCAGUUUCUGGAGAAGUCGAUGAAUGAAACCAAAAUCUAUCAGGACGUUUUCGAAGUGUACAUUCAAACACUGAUCUCACAAGCAUUGGAUUCCAACUUCCUGAAGGAAAUCUUCCAGGAGCAAGAUGACUAUUUCCUAUCGCGAGUUCAAACCAUCGACAGUCUUACCGAGGAUAGGAAACGACGACUGAUUCAAAUUACGCCGUGGUCACGGAACAUGAUCAAUUCGAUAUCGACGUUCCCCGCAUACGACAUCAUGACCGAGCUGGGUCACACCAACAUGAACCAUCCGGUUUGUGUGGCGUGUCAUCAGCCGGGAAUUUCUGUACGUAUUGUUCUCCAGGGUCAAACAUACAAUUCGGCGACGCUGGCUCCCUGUCCCAUCCAGGACAAUCGCAUUCAGUAUGAGAAGAACUUCCUUCUUUGUCGCAUUUGUUCCUCGCGGUUCGAACUGUUGCACAAGAUCUGCCAUCAAAAGUACAUGAUGUUUGUGGAGUGCGCUAAACGAGUAAACCAACAGAUUUCCAACGAUUCCUCCAAAGCAGCGACUAUUAUCCUGAACGAGCUGUUGGCAGAUGAACACUGGUUGACUAUGUUGUUCAAAGAAGUGCGGAGUAUCUGGGCGGAGAUCGAAAACAUGGAACGCCAGUAUCGAUUUCAGGUGGCAUCCCAAUGAGAUAGGGGAAAAGCGGCAAUAAAACCAGCGUAGCGACAUCAAAGCUAAGGUAACACGUAUUGCAAAUCCGGCUCGGACCGGACAAAAGUCUCCUGAAGUCAUCCAUGAUGGGUAUAUUUAAACUACUAUAGAAACGUAACACGCAAAGCAAGACACAAACACAACACUGAAUGCAGUGAGAGCCACAUAAUUACUCGCUAGAAUUAGUACCCAUACGCAUUAUUAACUUAACAGAAUCCACUCAAAAGGCAUAUGCAAGCAAAGUAGCGGAAAUCUACACUUAAUUACUGCAAAAGCUUUUACGCAAACGUCAUGCAACCAUAGUAAGUAGACUUUCUAGUAGGACUUUGUGACAGAUUGAUCUACUCCGACAUAAUCAGCAUCGUAAGCCUUUGCAAGUAAGAAACUAUUUCAAUCGCUAUCAACACCGUAAUUUGUUUGGCUUGCAUCCGUAUUUCUUUUCCACCCAUCAGCAAAACUCCUUGCGCUCCACCAAUUCUUUCGAUUCAUAGAGAAAAGACCACCUGUAUUCUACUUUUCGUUGUUGGAAGUUUGCCGAAUGUAUGCGAGACAAAAAAAACUUAACAAACAAAACACUGAAUUCGCUUAUUGUUAAGUAUUUUUUUUAUAUUGAACGGAACGGAUUAGUACACUACAUGUAAGUCGUCUAUGUACUGUAAAAAGUAUGCUAUCUGGAAAAGAUAAAAUUAAAAGAACGGUAAAUAAUUUCAAAGA